AUGACCAUUAAUCUUCGAAACCGUCACCCAAGGAAUCCUGAAGACUCGUCCUCAAGUAUUGGGAGUGAUGUUUCUGUGACAGAUCACCAUGCGGACUUGGGCCAAGCAUCCAUGCGAGACAGAGCCUUUGCAAACGGGAACUUUCUUGUCUCCACAAUCAAGCAUAUGCUUCUGUGGAGCCUAAAAACCAUCAAGCUGGUUUUUCGAUCAGCAAAGAACUUGACAAAAUUCGUCAUCGUCUUGGUCGUCAUACUCUCCUUCACUGCGCCGCUUAUUGGGUCCCUCUUCAUUCGUACAGUAACGCCUGUCUGUUACCUGCCAAUUUUGUUCAGAACGGACACGUGCAAAUGGCUAAUCGGUGUAGGCGAAGGUAAAGGUGGAUAUGAUGAACCAAAAUUCGACGAGCUCGUGGAUUUACAAAUUCAGUUUGACAUAAUAUUGGACCGUAUUAGUCUAGGGGCCCAUCUUGGCACGAAAAUACAAAAUUCUGAAGCAGCCGUGCGAGAUUUGAGUACAGCCGUCAGCGUAUCUCAGCUUCAGUUCAAGGAACAACUAGACUCAUCAUUGGACCAACUUGCGUCUUCUAUGAAGCAGAUUGUCCCACUCUUGAGCAAAAUGGUGGCGGCAAUCGAAGGCACAGUCGACCAUACAAUCAUCAUGGAUGAGCUUGCUGCUGAGGUCCUCCAAGCGGCGAAGGGUGAAAAUGAAUUGGGCUCACUCACAUUCAAUGUUUUUCUACCGUCUUACACCCCAUCAUCUACUGAGACGAGGGUCCUUGAGACCUUUGUAUAUGUUGCAACUACACUGGAACGGGAUAUAGAGCUGUCGAGGUUGGUUUCAAAAAGACUCGGCAGCAUCUCCACCCAGCUACAGAUGGUCAAUAGGGUCGUUUAUCAAGAGGAAAGGUAUAAAAAUGUUGGGAAAGCGGAUUUGUUGGCCGAACUCUGGAGUGUGCUAGGUGGUAACAGGACUAAACUCGCCAUAUUCGAAUCGAAUUUUGCACUUCUCGCCAGCCUACCGCGGGUACACAAAGCUGCAGUCGACCAAGUUGACCACAUCUGCGUUCACCUGGAGGCGCUCUCUAAUCGUAUGGAAAUCCUUCAAAGUGGAGUUGGAAAGGCCAUUGGAUCAACCGCGUCGGACGACAAGAGCCAAAAGAAGGCGGCUUCGCUCGAGGCGAAUAUUCAGUCGCUCCAUAGGGGUAUCACGCGGUUGACCGACAGCCGAUUGAAGGCAAAGGAGAAGAAGAAUCAGGUGCUGCAGCGAAUUACAGAGGAAUGGGAAUGGAGCGGCUUCCACCACCAAACUAUCAUUCGUUUGCAGCUGGCCGAUUAUGUCUGCGUGGCUAAUUACCACGGGGUUAUCGAAUGGCGAGCGGAAUCUUGGGUUGUCUCAAUGACGUUGAACUCUUAG